UUUGAAUCUUAAAGUGAUUUGAACACUUCAGGUGACGAAAACGUAGGGAUACUCACCAAGAUCAGAACGAUUCAAAAGAGGAUGAAGAGAGCAAAACUCCUGCCAUUGGAGAGAGAUCACACUCCAGUAGUUCUGUAGUCGAGAUGCAGAAAUCCAGUAUUCCUCUACGAAAACGAAGAUCACAGUUGUCCAAGAACCCUAUUUUGUCUAAAAUGAGAUAUAUCAAGCCUGAUCAGGGCAAUAUGAAUGCUAUUAAAGAGCUCAAGCGAAUCCAGAAAAAGCAUAAAUCAGCAACAGAAUUAAAUAAGAGACUAAGCGAAUUACCAGAUCUGGUUGAUUCCCAAGGACUAGAAGACAGUGAAGAAAAUAUGGAUGAGGAUGAUCUCCUCGAAAAUAAUGAGAAUACAAUCACUUAAACAAAAGCCUCAGAGCUUGAAGAAGUUGACCAAAGCAGGUCUUGAAGAUUCUUCGAACUACAUGAAGAAAAAGAGUUUCCCUGCAAAAGGAUUCUACGACCCCAAUCAAUUUCAAAUUGACUCAGAGUCCUCAGAAGAAGAAAAAAAUAUUGAGCCCCUUGUUCCAUAUAAAGAAGAUGAAGAGGAGCCUGAUAAUCAGGCUUCUGUAAAUCUUCUCAAGGUUGAUGACUCAGUAAAAGAAAGUUUAGUCAAAAGCUCUCUGAAAUCUUCCAGUAAAAGUGAAAAGAAUCUACCAAUUAUUUACCCAAAGAAACAUCACCGAAAGAGUAUUAGCAAUCAAGACGUUAAUGCUAGCAAACAUCAAGAAAGAAGCCAAAAAGAGUCCUCAAUUUCUCAUGAGAAGAGUAGUUUAAUAAGCAGAACUAUCGGAAAUUAUCUUGAUAACAAAUCUAUUCGGAAUACAAGCAAUUUUGGGGAGUCAAAUCCUGGUUCAUAUGAAGACUCCAAGUAUGACAAGAAGAAGGUAGCUAGUAAUAUCGAUUUUGCGAGACAGCUUCGAACUAAUAGCGAUAGAUCAUCCCCAUACAUGGGGUCGAUCUAUUCGCGCCAAGCAAAGCUGAUGAGUCCUCAAGGAGGAUAUCCCCGGCCAUAUCAAGACUCUUCGAAUAAAUCCUCAAGUAAAUCUAUAGAGAGGGUUUCUCAAAAUCCUCAUAGUGAUCAUUCAAUGAGAUUUGUAAAUCAAGGAUAUAACAUCACUCAUUCAAAUAAGAACGAAAGUAACCCUACCGAUCACGAUGCCAGUGUACAUACUGCUCAUAACAAUGAAGGGAGAGAUGCGAUAAUGUCUCCCGCUACUAACUUCCGACAACUCCGUAGAAAAAUUCAUGAAGAGAAUGACUUCAUUUCCAAAGGAUUCCCACAAAAAAUGUUUGGUCCCUCCUCCGGAAUGCGGCUAAGGCCGAUCCCAAAGUCCUUCAAAAGUAGUAAUCUCUCUAAAGAUCGAGAGAAAGCUAGAAAGAACGAGCUUGGGUUUCCUCUGACUCCGCAGCUGUAGUUCCAAUACCCAGAGGAUUACUUAA